AUGUACAUACAACACGACGUGAACUUAGAUUCUCCAACAGCAUCGGCCAAUAGCCCUAAACCAAAGCCAAUUUCAAUGAUUAUGGUUGAUCAAGACACACGCUAUCGACUUGUUUUACUUGGAGCUAGUCGUACAGGAAAAUCGUCGAUUGUUCAUAUGUUUUUAAAUGGAAAAUUUUUGGAAACGUAUAAGGAAACUGUUGAAGAUUUGCAUUACCGAGAAUUUAUUGUAGAUGACAAAACAAUUAAAGUUGACAUAUUAGAUACUGCCGGUAACAUGGAAUUCCCUGCAAUGCGUCGUUUAUCAAUUGCUACAUCACACGCAUUUAUUCUUGUUUAUAGUGUCGAUAGUAUAGAAUCAUUGAAUGAAAUCCGUUGUAUUAUCGAACAAAUAAAAGAACAGCGAACAAAUUAUGCUGAAAUUCCAAUCGUUAUUGUUGGAAACAAGACUGAUCGUACUGGUGUACGUGAAGUCGAUGAACAACAUGUAAGAACAAUGCUCAAUGAACUUGGUCCAUUACAUUGUGGCUUUGUUGAAUGCACUGCACUUGAUCGUGCAUCAAUAAUAGAUAUAUUUCUUAAAUUACUUAGCCUUGUACAAUUAUCUGCCGCAAGACAAUUAAGUCCAAUAUUAACAAGAAAAAUUAGUGAACGUCUCAAGAAAAACGAAUUCGACGAUAAAAGUGAAACGGGUUUUAGUCGUAGUCGAAGUCUUAUACGAAGAACAUCUGUGAAAAAGAAGGCAACAUCAUCCAAUGGUAAACAUCCAUCUAAGACACUUGAUUGUUUAAUAUCUUAA